GGUGCUUGGAUUGACAGAAGACAGCUGUUUUGUGGCAGGUGCGAAAGCAAACAAAAAUGUUGGUCUUGUAAGAAAAAAACAAAUGGAAAUAAAAAUUGAUUAGAGUGGAAAUGGAUUAUUUUUUGCUAUUUACUAUUGUGUUUAUUGGUGUCGAAGGGUCAAUUUAUAAAAAUCUGAAACAUUUUGAGACAAUUCAUGCAAAUGAAAUAACGCACAAAGUUGUUAAAAGGGGCACUACGGACGGCAGUCAUCCUUUUAACAAGAUAAAGGAAGUUAAUUUUUAUACACAUGGACGGGAUUUUCGACUUAUUUUGACUCCUAAGAGGAGCGUUUUACAUUCCAAGUUCAGGGCUUAUGCCGUUGACGGGGACGGGAAAGAAACUUCCGUUCACAUAGACCAUGACGACUUUUACCACGGUCGCGUUUUCGGAGAGACCGCUUCUCAUGUGAGUUUGCACAUGGAAGAUGGUAUAAUGACCGGUAGCAUCCACCUACCUGAAGAAAUCUACCACAUCGAGCCAUCCUGGCGCCACAUUCCGCACUUAGACAACAAAACCAUGAUUACGUACAAACAAUCGGACGUGAAAUUUAGCUGGGACCAUGACGACCUUCCCCCCGGUCAAGUGGGUCCCCGCAUUUGCGGCUAUGUUAAAGAAGGAGACGAACUCGAGGAUGAGUUCGAGGGGCGAAAUCAGUGGACUAGGGAGCACCACAGGGAAAAGAGACAAGUGGAUCAAUACGAAUACACUCCAACGAAGACACGGUGCCCCCUUUUGUUGGUCGCCGAUUAUAGGUUUUUCCAAGAGAUGGGCGCCAGUAACACGAAGACUACCAUCAAUUAUCUGAUUAGCCUCAUAGAUCGUGUGCAUAAAAUCUACAACGAUACGAUCUGGCAAGACAGGCAGGAAGUGGACGGGUUCAAGGGAAUGGGUUUUGUUAUUAAAAAAAUUGUAGUUCACAGCGAACCGACCAGAAUUAAGGCCGGCGAAGCCCACUAUAAUAUGGUGCGUGAGAAAUGGGACGUGAGGACUCUGUUGGAGGUGUUUUCACGCAACCCCCAAAAUAGAGAAGUUUGUUUAGCACAUUUGUUCACGCACCAAACGUUCCAAGCUAGGGACUCUGUAGUUUUAGGCUUGGCGUAUAUUGCUUCACCUAGAAGAGGAUCGCAUGGAGGCAUCUGUACACCGGAAUAUUUCAAGAACGGCUACACCCUGUACCUGAACUCGGGUUUGAGCUCGAGCCGCAACCACUACGGCCAAAGAGUGAUAACCCGGGAGGCGGACUUGGUGACCGCUCACGAAUUCGGCCACAACUGGGGCUCGGAACACGACCCCGACAUCCCCGAAUGCUCACCCAGUGCUAGUCAAGGGGGCUCCUAUCUCAUGUACACCUACAGCGUCAGCGGCUACGACGUCAAUAACAAAAGAUUCUCUCCGUGCAGUUUGCGCUCAAUCCGAAAAGUCCUCCAAGCUAAAUCCGGCCGUUGUUUCUCCGAACCGGAAGAAAGCUUCUGCGGGAAUUUACGCGUCGAAGGCGAUGAAGAAUGCGACGCUGGGCUUUUGGGGACUGAAGACAAUGAUGCGUGUUGCGAUAAAGACUGCAAGUUGCGGCCGAAAGCAGUUUGUAGCGAUAAAAACUCGCCCUGUUGCCAGAAUUGCCAGUAUAUGACCAGCGAGGUGAAGUGCAGAGAGGCGCAAUAUGCGACGUGUGAGCAAGAAUCUAAAUGUACCGGACACCAGUCGGAGUGCCCCAAGAGCCCCCCGAUGGCCGAUGGGACCAACUGUCAGGAACGGGGGAAGUGCAAAGGGGGCAAGUGUAUUCCGUUUUGCGAAACGCAAGGCCUGCAGAGCUGCAUGUGCGAUAUAAUUGUGGAUGCGUGCAAACGUUGCUGCCGGUCCAGCAUUAACGAGACGUGUUCUCCGGUCGACCCACCUGACAUUUUAGCGGAUGGCACGCCCUGUAUCCAAGGGUUUUGCAACAAAGGGCAUUGCGAGAAAACUGUCCAGGAUGUGGUUGAGCGAUUUUGGGAUAUUAUCGAAGAUAUCAACAUCAAUAAAGUUUUGUUGUUUUUACGCGAUAAUAUCGUAGGGACUGUUGUGCUAGUUACUGCCCUUUUGUGGAUCCCUACCAGUUGUGUAAUCAAUUAUGUUGAUAGGAAACGGCGACAUGAAGAGCAGGAACGGCGAGAGUGGAGGAAUAAAAGUGAUUUGAUUCAUCCCUCUGAUAACAGAAGGAUAAUACGCAUAAGGGUUCCGAGGAGGAAUAAUACCUAAUCUGAUUUUUAAUUGUGAUACAUUAGAUUGAGGAACUCAGUUUAGUGUCGUAACCUGAUAUUACCAUUUUCCAAAGUGUUCAUAGGUUAUUGUAAUAAUUCAAGUAUUGUAAAUAACGCUUUAUUGUGGUUAUAUCACUUAAAUGUAUGCGAACAAAUUAAUUUUAUUUAGGUAGGUACUAGAAAAUGUUUCAGUUUCUACGAUAGUCAUAAAAAAGUCACGAUAACGUAUUAUGAUAUUGUUCUAGUGCAGGAAAUACGUACUUAAUGAUUUGUUGUAUACUUAAUUUUUUAUAGAACGUUGUGGACGUACUGAGCGUUCGUUUUUUAACCAACAGGAAACUAAUUUAUUGUAUUUAUUUUAUGAAUAAAUGAUGGAAAAUGA